AUGUCCACUGAGAAGGAGAGAGAGAAUCAGGUUUACAUGGCCAAGCUUGCUGAGCAGGCCGAGAGAUAUGAAGAAAUGGUUGAAUGCAUGAAGACAGUAGCAAAACUUGAUCUUGAGCUAACUGUGGAAGAGAGGAACCUCCUCUCCGUGGGAUAUAAAAACGUCAUUGGUGCACGGCGAGCCUCUUGGCGCAUUAUGUCUUCAAUUGAACAGAAGGAAGAGUCUAAAGGAAAUGAGAACAAUGUGAAACUGAUCAAGAGUUACUGCCAAAAAGUCGAAGAGGAACUAUCGAAAAUUUGCAAUGACAUUCUGACAAUUAUUGACCAGCAUCUGAUUCCUUCUUCCACCUCAUCAGGAGAAGCUACUGUUUUCUAUUAUAAGAUGAAAGGUGACUAUUUUCGAUAUCUUGCUGAGUUCAAGUCCGACCAAGAAAGGAAGGAAGCAGCUGAGCAGUCACUAAAAGGAUAUGAAGCUGCUUCAGCCGCUGCAAGCACAGAUCUUCCAUCAACACACCCAAUCCGGCUUGGACUUGCACUCAACUUCUCUGUCUUUUAUUAUGAGAUAAUGAACUCCCCUGAAAGGGCUUGUCAUUUGGCUAAACAAGCUUUCGAUGAGGCAAUAGCUGAGCUAGACACCUUAAGUGAAGAGUCAUACAAGGACAGCACUUUGAUCAUGCAGUUGUUGAGAGACAACCUGACUCUCUGGACCUCUGAUUUGCCUGAGGAUGGAGGUGAAGAAAUCAAAACAGAAGAAACCAAACCUGCUGAACCUGAGGUAUACAGAAAACAACGUGCAAACAUUUCUGUUGACAAUUUUUUUUCUUUUUAUGUACAGCAUUAA